UGAAGCCCAUAGUCGUCGAGUCGUUGAGUUUCGCUUCAAUUCUCUUUGGGGUCUGGUACUUGUUCAAGCGCAGUUACACAUACAUAAACUCUAGAUCUGCGCUAACCCCAUCUCCUUCAGCUUGAGAAAUGGAGACCUUUCUAUUUACAUCUGAAUCCGUCAACGAGGGUCACCCCGACAAGCUGUGUGACCAGAUCUCUGAUGCAGUGCUCGACGCUUGCCUUGCUCAGGACCCUGACAGCAAGGUUGCCUGUGAAACAUGCACCAAGACCAACAUGGUCAUGGUCUUUGGAGAAAUCACCACCAAGGGCAACAUAGACUAUGAGAAGAUUGUUAGAGACACAUGCCGUACUAUUGGAUUUGUUUCUGAUGAUGUGGGUCUUGAUGCUGACAACUGCAAGGUUUUGGUUAACAUUGAGCAGCAGAGCCCUGAUAUUGCCCAGGGUGUCCAUGGACACUUCACCAAGCGCCCUGAGGAGAUUGGUGCUGGUGACCAGGGCCAUAUGUUUGGUUAUGCCACUGAUGAGACCCCUGAAUUCAUGCCCCUUAGCCAUGUUCUUGCAACCAAGCUUGGGGCUCGCCUCACUGAGGUUAGGAAGAAUGGCACUUGCCCCUGGUUGAGACCUGAUGGCAAGACCCAAGUAACUGUUGAGUACUACAAUGACAAUGGUGCCAUGGUUCCAGUCCGUGUCCACACUGUCCUUAUCUCCACCCAGCACGACGAGACUGUCACAAACGAUGAGAUUGCUGCUGACCUUAAAGAGCAUGUUAUUAAGCCUGUUAUCCCUGAGAAGUACCUUGAUGAGAAGACCAUCUUCCACCUUAACCCCUCAGGCCGCUUUGUUAUUGGUGGCCCUCACGGUGAUGCAGGUCUCACUGGCCGUAAGAUCAUCAUUGACACUUAUGGUGGAUGGGGAGCCCACGGUGGUGGUGCUUUCUCUGGAAAGGACCCAACUAAGGUGGACAGGAGUGGUGCCUACAUUGUCAGGCAGGCUGCCAAGAGUAUAGUAGCAAAUGGUCUUGCUCGCAGGGCCAUUGUUCAGGUCUCUUAUGCCAUUGGUGUGCCUGAGCCCUUGUCCGUCUUUGUUGAUACAUAUGGAACUGGAAAGAUUCCUGACAAGGAGAUCCUUAAAAUCGUGAAGGAGAGCUUCGACUUCAGGCCUGGAAUGAUCACUAUUAACUUGGACCUCAAGAGGGGUGGCAAUGGAAGAUUCUUGAAGACUGCUGCCUAUGGACACUUCGGAAGGGACGACCCUGACUUCACCUGGGAGGUUGUGAAGCCCCUCAAGUGGGAGAAGCCCCAAUCUUAGAUUUUUCUAUCCUAUCCUCUGCCGUUCAAUGCUUGUUUUAAUUGGUACUUGAUGAAUAAUUUGCGUGUUUACUUGCUGCCAUUAUCUAAAACUAUAGCUCAUGUCCUAAUCCCUGAUUUCAUCUUCUAUUAUUUCUUUUUUGUUUAUUUUUUAUUUUAAAUAUAUUUUUCAUUUUUAUGUAAUCAUGCUACCAGUGUCUUGAUGCAAUGAAAAAUUAAUGAGAAUUUUGUCAAAA